CAUGUUUCCUUUGUUGUGAGCAGUGGCAGAGACUGGUGGUGGCUCGAGGAGACGCCGGCGCAGCAGGGACCGCGGGGGUCGCCGCUCGUGUCGCUUCCAGCCUGCGCCGAGAGGUGUGAAAAUUUAAAUAACACAAGUAUUUUGCCUGGGGCUUUGGUCAAACAAAUGCUGAGAAGUUACAUAAAGAAGAUCACUAGGAGCCAUUUCUCAGCAAUUAUAUAGUCAACUAAUGUAACAAUGGUACUAAUAUUGGGACGCAGAUUAAACAGAGAGGAUCUUGGGGUGCGUGAUUCCCCAGCAACUAAGCGUAAAGUUUUUGAAAUGGACCCCAAAUCUCUGACAGGUCAUGAGUAUUUUGACUUCUCUUCAGGAUCAUCCCAUGCUGAAAACAUCCUCCAGAUAUUUAAUGAGUUCCGAGACAGCCGCUUAUUCACAGAUGUUAUUAUCUGUGUGGAAGGGAGAGAAUUCCCGUGCCACCGAGCUGUCCUCUCAGCCUGUAGCAGCUACUUCAGAGCCAUGUUCUGUAAUGACCACAGGGAGAGCCGAGAAAUGCUGGUUGAGAUCAACGGCAUUUUAGCUGAAGCUAUGGAAUGUUUUUUGCAGUAUGUGUACACUGGGAAGGUGAAGAUCACAACCGAGAAUGUCCAGUAUCUCUUCGAAACCUCCAGCCUCUUUCAGAUUAGUGUUCUCCGUGAUGCUUGUGCCAAGUUCUUAGAGGAACAGCUUGAUCCUUGCAAUUGCUUAGGAAUCCAGCGCUUUGCCGACACCCACUCACUCAAAACCCUCUUCACAAAAUGCAAGACCUUUGCAUUACAGACUUUUGAGGAUGUGUCCCAGCAUGAGGAAUUUCUCGAGCUUGACAAAGAUGAACUUAUUGAUUAUAUCUGUAGUGAUGAACUUGUUAUUGGUAAAGAAGAGAUGGUUUUUGAAGCCGUCAUGCGCUGGGUCUACCGAGCGGUUGAUCUGCGAAGACCACUGCUACAUGAGCUCCUGACACACGUCAGGCUUCCACUCUUGCAUCCCAACUACUUUGUUCAGACAGUUGAGGUGGACCAGCUGAUCCAGAAUUCCCCCGAGUGUUAUCAGUUGCUACACGAAGCAAGACGGUACCACAUCCUUGGCAAUGAAAUGAUGUCCCCAAGGACUAGACCACGCAGGUCUACUGGCUACUCAGAGGUGAUAGUUGUGGUUGGAGGCUGUGAACGAGUCGGAGGAUUUAAUCUUCCAUACACUGAGUGCUAUGAUCCAGUAACAGGGGAAUGGAAGUCCUUGGCCAAGCUUCCAGAAUUUACCAAAUCCGAGUAUGCAGUCUGUGCUCUGAGGAAUGAUAUUCUUGUUUCAGGUGGAAGAAUCAACAGCCGUGAUGUCUGGAUUUAUAACUCACAGUUAAAUAUCUGGAUCAGAGUUGCUUCUCUAAAUAAAGGCAGAUGGCGUCACAAAAUGGCUGUCCUUCUUGGUAAAGUGUAUGUUGUUGGUGGCUAUGAUGGGCAGAACAGACUUAGCAGUGUAGAGUGUUAUGACUCCUUCUCAAAUCGUUGGACAGAAGUUGCUCCACUUAAGGAAGCAGUGAGCUCUCCUGCAGUGACAAGCUGUAUAGGAAAAUUGUUUGUGAUUGGUGGAGGACCUGAUGAUAAUACUUGUUCUGACAAGGUCCAAUCUUAUGACCCUGAAACCAAUUCUUGGCUACUUCGUGCAGCUAUCCCCAUUGCCAAGAGGUGCAUAACAGCUGUGUCUUUAAACAACCUGAUCUACGUAGCUGGUGGACUGACCAAGGCGGUGUACUGUUAUGAUCCCGUGGAAGACUACUGGAUGCACGUGCAGAACACCUUCAGCCGGCAGGAAAACUGUGGUAUGUCUGUUUGUAAUGGUAAAAUCUAUAUCCUGGGUGGAAGACGGGAAAACGGAGAAGCCACAGACACUAUCCUCUGUUACGACCCUGCGACAAGCAUCAUCACAGGAGUGGCUGCAAUGCCCAGGCCAGUGUCCUACCACGGCUGUGUGACUAUUCACAGAUACAAUGAGAAAUGCUUUAAGCUCUAACCAAAUCCAGGAUACCUCACACCAGAAGCCAACGCCAAUCCAAGAGGAAAGUUUUUAAAACUACCAAGUGAGACCACAAUUCCUUUGUGCCAUAUGCAAAAAGAAAUAAAUAAUUCUGAUGCCUUUCUGACCCAAAAUACCACUAUUUCAGGCUGUCCUGAAUCCUCUCCUGUGACGGGGUGGGGGGUGGUUAUAGUGAGGCCAGUGCGCACCUUUAUCCCAGCACCCAGAAGGCAGGUUUCUGUAUGUUUGAUCCCAGCUUGAUCUACACAAGUUCUAGGCCAGCGAGGGCUGCACAAUAAGACCUUGUCUUUUUUUAAAAAAAUAAAUAAAUAAUAAUUUGGCCUAUAAUUAUACUUUGGCAAUUUUGAAAAACUAUGUGGAAUAGGCAGUAACGCCCAGUGUAAACUUGUUAGAGGUUUGUAAACUGUCCCUCAGGAAUGUGUCCCUGUUUGUCACUUAUAUAGAGAAUAUUGCAUGACUAAAGAAGCUUCAUUUAGGUCGAAUUGCCUGAUGUUAAUAUUUAGAGUUCAUUGUGAGAGGAAGAAUGAGUUUGUUUGUUUGUUCGUCUUAACAGUUUAUUUAAUGUUAUGUGAAUUGAUAGAAGGGGAUCAGGUCCCUUGGAACUGGAGUUACAAACAGUUGUGAACUGCCUUGAGGGUGCUGGGAAUUGAACCCCGGUCCUUGGAAGAACAGACAGUGCUCUUAACCACUAAGCCAUCUCUCCAGCCCCAAGAAAUAAGUUUUAAAUAUCUGUCACUGACUUUGUCUAUACUGGUUAAUUUUAUUGAAGACUUUGGGGGUUUUGUUGUUUUCUCCUAAUUGUAAAAUUGUAGAGACAAUUCAGCUACCAUAAAAUACCAAAUUUUAUGACUUUAUAGACUAUUCUCUGAUAUUAAAUGCUUUCUGUGAGCUUAUGUAGGAGAUGUAAAAGUAAGGAAAUUUAGAUUAUACAUUAGUCCCUAAGGAAAAAUUAAAAUAAUUAUUGAAGAAAAAAAAAGUGGUCCACUUUGGUUCUCAGGGCAUUUAAUGCCCCAUCUGUGUGUACAUCCACUACAGAAGCUCUUCCCUCUCUUCUGUGACAUAGGAGCAGAAGUCCCUUCUACAGAGCCAGGCAGGUGUCUGUAGCCAGGAUCUGUUUCCCAGGCGUGGUAGUACAAACCCAUAUCCAGGAUCUGGAAGGUACAUCAAAAGAAACCACAUGGGCUGAAGAGAAACACUUACUGCCCCUGCAGGCAACCCAGGUUUGGUUCCCACCCUUACCAGGUGGCUCACAAAAUUCUGCAAUUCUGGUUCCAGGGAAUCUAACACCUUGGCCUCCCUGGGCAUCUACAAGUAUGUGGUGCACAUAAAGUCACACAGGCACACAUGUAUGGAAAAGAAAUAUAUUUUAAGAAAAUAAAACUGCAUUUUACAAUACUGCUGUAAGAAAAACAAGAAGAGUUUGCUCUGACCCAGCCUGGCAGAGUUUGGCCUUCCCAGUGUGAGGCUGUGUGAGCACCUCUCUGCUGCCCUGUAAGCAGUUAUCAGGCAUAGGAGUGUUGGCUGACUCCUUAAUAGCCAUCCCACAGCAGACGUCACUCUUCUCAGUUGUAACUCUGACCAGCAGCAGUUCUGGUCUUCAGAGAGAAAUUUAUUAUUUGGGAGAGCACUUUUAUUUGUAUAAAAUACUGACCAGUAUUUUCAGAUUUCUAUUAAAUUUUUCCCUCUAGGUUUUUCCCUCCAUUUUAUAAAUUUUAGUAGUUUUCAAAGGGAAAUGUGAAUUUUUUCUUAGCAAUAUAAGUAAAUACAGCAGGAAUUAGCACAACUAAUUAUUGUAACUUCUGUGUGGAGAGAUAACAAUUUUACAAUGCCCUAGGCUGCAACAGGUGGCUUGCUGUGUAGCUUCCCAGUCUCUCACUAUAAUGUACUCCUUCUCAAUGACAAUAGUGUCAUUAGAUUUCUGUUCAAAUUAAAGCAGUCAUCAGAAGCCUAGCAUUGGCAAACAGCUUCUUCCUCGUCUUAGGAUAAUACAAAUGAGUUUUAAGAAUCAUGCUUAAUUGGAAUCUAAGUUCUGAGAAAAAUGCUAAAAAAAAAAUACACCUAGGAAAUUGUUUUCAAAUCAUAAAUUUUAAGUGGUAUAACAGCUAUAGAAACAAUUCAAAAAACAAUCAUCUGUCAGUUGAGAAACAGAUGUAUGUACAAUUGAGGGUAUUUGUACUGUAAUUUUAUAGUAAAUAUCUGCAUUAUACUUUGGUUAGAGAAUGGAAAUUGUUUAGUUCAGAAAUUCUUAACAGUAAAGUGUGUGAACAAAAGUGUUUUAUAAAUGCUUAGGAUUCUACAAGUGAUAAUUGUUAUUCUCAUGUAUAUUUGUAAGAUCAUGUCCAUUCAAAAUAUAUCAUAUAAAAGACUUAGUCAAAGUAAA